AGCAUUACCAUCAGUUAUUCCAUUUGUUUUGGAUUUCGAUAUUUUGUUGGCAUCUCUCCCCAUCUUUCUCUCAUUCUUUAUCUCUCAAUAUACAAACUAUGUUCUCAUAGGUUUCUAUUCUUUUAAUGUUCUUGAUAUAGCUUAUAGACAAAAAAAGAUCUUUAUUUAAUGGGCAGGGUUAAGCUUCCCAUAAAGAGAAUAGAGAACAACACAAAUCGACAAGUAACAUUUUCUAAACGUCGUAAUGGACUUAUCAAAAAGGCCUACGAGCUCUCCAUCCUUUGUGACAUUGAUGUUGCACUCAUCAUGUUCUCUCCCUCUGGACGACUUAACCAUUUUUCGGGCAAAAGAAGGAUUGAAGACGUAUUUGGACGUUACAUAAAUCUCGCAGAUCAUGACAGAGGAGGCACUAUACCAAAUCAAGAGUAUCUGUUUAGCCUCCUAAACAAACUCAAGAAUGAAACAGAAACUUCAUUUGAACAUUCCAGCCCAGAAGAAGUUGAAUACAAUAUAGAGGAUAUGCAACAAGAGAUAAAUAACUUGCAACAUCAACUCCAUAUGGCUGAGGAUCAAUUAAGUAUAUUUGAACCCGAUGUCCUAGGGUUUACAUCAACUGAGGAUAUUGAUGCUUGUGAAAAGAACCUCCUUGCAUCUUUAGAUCGGAUAAUCCAAAGAAAGAUAAGCUCGUUCGGACAAAUUUAUUACGAGACACCGGAAGUCUUGCCAUCUACAAGUUCAUUCCAUAAUGAUUUAACAGAUUGGUUGCCGGAGAUAGGUGAAAAUGGGGACAAUCAUAAUUCUAUUUUUGGUUGCUCCUAUUCUUCUUUAAGACAAGAUGGACAUUCUGGUGUUCAACAUCCAUUAUCCAUUAAUGUAGUGGAUAUAAAUUCAAAGGAUACAGAUAGCAGAAAUGGAAGUUCUGGUGACAAUGGUAACAAUAAUAACAACAAUGUAAAUAUAAAUGUAAAUAGUCAUUGUCACCUUUUACCAUGGGAGGACGAAGUUGGUCCUAGCAAUUCACCAUGUCAAGAAGACUUUUUCAGCUCCCUAAUGUUACCACCUUCUUUAUCACAUCAUCAGGGUGCUGAUCAGAUGAGAAAUGCAGAAGUUAUAAUGGGUAUGGCAAGAAGUGAUCAACAGACAUCAAUGAAUAAUAUUUUACCAUGUCCGGGAGUCAUGACUCCAAACGAAGAAGACAACAAUUUUGACAACAUACAAUCGGAAAAAUAG